AUGGAUGAUAUCAAUCAAUCCAAGCCUGACACUGAGUCAUUCGAAGUCGUGAAGCCUAUCGCACUACAACAGCUUCCUCUUCCAGAGGAACUAGUAUCUUGGGACAGUCAUGACCUCGAUAAGUUAGAGAAAGGACUAGUGAGGAAACUAGACUGCUGUUUACUCCCUGCUGUUGUUAUCCUAUUUUUGAUGAAUAUUCUCGAUCGAAACAACAUUGCCAAUGCAAAGAUUGUCGGACUACCCGAAGCACUAGGAAUAUCGGAUGCACAGUACAAUGUUUGCUUAAUGAUCUUCUAUGUUGGAUAUAUCCUCACUCAACUGCCCUCUAACUUGAUAAUCACCAAACUCAAACCAUCUAUCUAUAUCGGUACCACCACUGCCGCAUGGGGGAUCGUAUCCAUGUGUCAGGCCUUCACGCACAACUUCGCCGGACUAUUCAUGUGCCGGUUCGUCCUUGGACUGGUAGAAGGACCGUUUCUGCCCGGUGUGUUCUUCUUAAUGUCAUGCUGGUACAAGAGGUCCGAGCUGCCACCCCGAAUCGCCCUUUUAUACGGCGCGAACAUGCUCGCUUCUGCUUUUGGUGGGCUAAUCGCUGCGGGUAUUGUCGCCCGCAUGCAGGAUAAGAUGGGCAGACCAGCUUGGGAAUGGCUGUUCAUCAUUGAAGGCUCCAUGACUAUUGCAAUCGCAUUAUUGGUCAUUCCAUUCAUCCCAGAUUAUCCGGGACUUACUAAGAGAUGGUGGUUACCACGUGAGCACCAGUUGCUAGCAGACUGGCGCCUACGUAACGAAAAUGCCGGCCUUGUUGAUGAUGAUGCGGACUCUAUUCUCUGGGGCGUCAAGCAAGCUUUCCUCGACCCAAAACUGUACAUGUUCAUCGUGCUCCAAAUGGCCCUAAUCACAGCCCAGUCAUUCAACAACUUCUUUCCUUCUAUCGUCGGAACUCUGGGAUACGACAACACAAUUACCCUUCUGCUUACAGCACCUCCAUAUGCUUUUGCGUUCUUCUGUUCUCUAGGGAUCUCCUUGCAUUCUGCCUAUAAACAAGAACGAGGGUAUCAUAUCGCUAUUCCGUUGGUAUUCGCGUUACUUGGGAACUUGAUGGCGAUAUUCGUUCCAACGACAGGUGCAAGAUACUUCAGCAUGUUUCUUAUGACAGCUGGUGCUUACUCGCCGUACAAUCUUUGUGUAUCUUGGCUGAGCUCGUCUCUGCCCCGUCCUAAAGCAAAGCGCGCGAGCGCAUUGGCAGUUGUUAACUUGAUGGGAGCGGGGGUUGCGCAUUUCUAUACAUCGUAUAUGUUCCCUGACUCUCAGAAGCCGCGGUAUUAUGCUGGUGGGGGUGUCAUGAGUGGAGCGUGUGUGGUGUGUGCUGCGAUGGCACUGGGUAUUAAAUGGCAUUUGAAGAGACAAAAUGUAGAGCUUGAAAAGGCUGAGCUGGAGGAGGGGGUACUGGCUGGCUCAGUAAUUGUUGAGUCACGCUAUGGGCAAAGAUCAGAUGGGCUUGUUUCUUUCCGAUAUGUGCAUUGA